GUAUGUGGUGGAAUUCCAACGCUAUUCUCUCUAUUUUUUCCCCGUGUCCAUAAAAUUUGUUUGGUAUGAAAACUACCAAAUUGUUUGUCAAAUGAUGACUGUUUCAUUAUAUAGCUUAUCAUUUCUAGAGAUCUAGUAUAAACGAUCUAAUUGUAAGAAAUUUAAAAAUUCCUUCUCCUUUUUACGCGUUUUUCCAUUCACGUCUCUGGUGCAUUAUUAAACAUUUUAGUGAACCUUUAGCCAUACUUUUAUGCUAAAUUUAGUCGAAAAUGGCACGAAUUGAACUUUUUGCUCAUAAAUCCAAACGAGUAAAUACUAUCUUGAAUCAGCUUAGCUCGGAUUUCCAACCAGCUGUUAAAAAUGUCGCUCAAGCUGGACAAAAUCUUCUACAUUUUAACCGAAACCAUUAUCUGUACACGGCAUCUCUCUAUGCACUUGCGUUUUCUAGUUCUACGGCUGAACAAAAUGCGCGUGAAUGUACAAAGCAGCUUGAAAAAAUAACAGAAGCAAUGAAAACGAUAUAUGCAAAUCAAACCGAAUGGAUGGACCAUUUCACCGAAAUGACCAAUACCAUCACAGGAAACUGCGAGGAUGAAAAACAAAGACUCAAGUCUUUAAGAGAUGAAUUCAUCAAACGAGAAAAAAAAUUAAAUAAAGCUGUAAAUAGCGGCAAGAAAAUGCCAUCUGAAUUAGAAAAUUUUUAUGAAUCAGAAAUGACCAUAGCACGACAUCACCAGCGAUAUCGGUUUUUUGUUGAGAAGCAUUUUAAACUUAUGAAGCUGUAUUACGCAUGGAUGAGAUCAUCAGCUUCCUUAUUGGAAAAGGAAUUCAACUUUGAGAUGAAUGGCUUUAGUAAAAGCGUUUCGCAAACAUCAAAAGGCUCCGAUAAGAAUCUUGGCGAAAACAUAAACUUCCAGCAUCAUUUAGAACCGAAGGAAAAGAUUUCGUCUGUCAAGGAACGAAAUGGUCUACGACAUCAGAGGGUAAAUAGUCAUACUCUUUUUCAAGAGGAUAAACGUCUAUCCGUACUUAAUGAAAAUGAAGCUGAUGCUCAUUCAGAUCCCUCAACAAUCCCACAGAUUACAGGUCAUCAAGGACUUUUUCGGCCAAUUCCAGUUCUUCCCAUGAACCAGCAAAAAUUCCGUCAUAGCUUGGUGGAAACAUACUCAAACCAUAUAAACAAUGAUUUAAUCUAUUGGGAACGACAAAAUGUUUCAGACGAAAAUCAACCAAAACGUUUACAAGUUCAAGGAAAAACAAGAGAAGGAUCUCAAUUACAAAAAUUCUACAGAGAUGGACCAUCGAGGAGCGAGGAAUUAGACGUGUUGGAGCGUGAGACAUACGGAAGACUCAAUGAAAGACAGUUUUCACGUAAACCACAUAACAGCCAAGUUACAGCAUUAUCUGAUAAACGCAAUGAUCCUGGGAAAUCAAUGAUUGUAGGAAAUGGUGGAAACAUUGCUCAUAAUCACUCACGUACCCAAAGUUCCGAAAGCAUGACAAGUAGUACAAUUGCAACUACCCCUAUAUUUUCCCCAACUGACUAUAACAGGCUUCUUGAAUGUACAACCCCUUAUGAAGCACAGGGCGAUAACAGAGAUACACAAUUGAGCCUAGAACUUGGUGAACGAAUUCUUCUAAUGAAAAGUGGUACAAGAGGUUGGGUACUCGGUAGAAGCGAGGACGGUUCUAGACAAGGCUGGUUUCCUGCAAAAUAUUUAAAACUUGUCUGA